AUGUCUAUGGUACAGUCAUUACCUGAUUUCCAACUCCUAAAUUACGACAACGAUCAGAAUGUUCCUCUUCUCACCGUGAGGCUCACAGCCUCUUGGACCCACUGUGGUCCUCUUCUUCCAGACGAAUACAAUGACCUUCCCUACUCUUUCCAUGCUUGGGCGAAAGCAAGCGUUUGCGGUGACCUCGCAAACCCUCUGACCCGACUCCUCCGUUACAUCAAUACCUUUUUUUCGGACGCCGGCAUUGAGACCUACUGGCUCACAAUACGCGCAACAAGAGGCUCCCAUGACUAUGAUAUUCCGCGAUGGCAUACAGAUGACGAGUUCUUCCGAUUUCCAGGCAACACUCAAGAGUAUCCCAGGUCAGAGGCACAGUGGAAACUGGCCGCAACUCUGCUGGGCCCUGGCACCCUGUUUGUAGAGGACAGCUCUGUGGCUAGAUCGGUCCAGCGAGAGACCAGAGCUCUUUGUGAACAGGAAGCCGUACCUCAUUCAUGUACGUCGAUUCGCUGCCUAGGAUGUGCAGAUGUGGCAGAAUCAACGCGGAAAAGGCUUGCAAAGGCAUUGGCAAGUAAUAGUAUCGUACAGGCUCCGGCCCGGGGGUGUAUUUUCUUUAGAGUUGGGCCAAAUCAAGGCGCUGUACAUUCAGAGCCUGCUAGUCAUAGUGAUAGAAUAUUCGUGAACUGUAUACCCGGUACAAAGAAGGAGCUGACGCUGGUGAUGAAGCAGUGGGGAAUGGAGUAUCCACGAUCUUGGAGCAUCGGUGUACCACUGCAGUUUGAUAGUGGAACGAGCUCAUGA